UUUUUUGUAAUUAUUAAUUUUUCGGUGUCCCUUCACUGUACAUGCCAGGCAUUCUGUUGGCAUUGUCAUUAGCAUCUACAUAUUCCUGCAGCCUUUUCUCUGUUGUUUGCAAGCACAACUCGCCACACACUGUCCCUUUCUUUUUGUUACCCCACAUCUGUUUUUCUUAUCGUUUGUUGUUUGUUGACUGGUAAACACAAACAUCACCUUUUAUCUUAUUUAUUACACGCUACUUUAUUAUUUUACAAGGCCAACUAUCGACAAAACAGGAAACCUUAUUACUCUUGCUUGCCGUGUGGCUCCCAAAAAUAGCAGCCUAUACCACCCUUCUAUUCGCACUUUUUUUGUAUUUUUUCUCUAUUUAUUUAUUCUUUCUUUGUGUUCAAGGCGCGAAACGAGGGAGGAAUUACGCUUACACAUCGCCCGACAUGUCCUACACACAGAUGGAGCAUACGCUGAACUCUGCGCGUAUGCCCUGGUCGCAUCAGCACCACAUCGACGACGGCAGCGACACCGAAAACGCCCGAGCGCAAAUCAACAAUGCCAAAAUAUAUAACAAAAAAGUUGGGCUCAGCAUUCGGCCGUCAAGGGGGCGCAUGAGCAUGAUGCUGUCAGAGGCAACCGCGCAGAUGCAGUCGCCAACAGUGCCGAGGAACCUGUUCUUUGAUGCGGGCCCGCUGUCUCCGUUCCCGCCGCCAUCAUUGCCAAUGGCAUCGAUGCCCGCGCCGCCAGUUCCCGCAUUGCCAACCAUGCCAAUGCCAUCAUUACCGUCGCCGCCGCCGCCGCCGCCGCCGCCGCAACCCGCGUUCUCUCGCGACAGCGUAAUCAUGAUAGAUCACAACCUGCCCUUGUUUGAUUUGGACUUUGCGCCUAUUAUUGAGGGGGGCUAUGAGCUGAAUCCGUCUUUUAUGCAGGCCUGGGAGGAGAAGAAUAAUGGACCACCCGUCGAGCAGGCUCCCAAGACGUUAACAAAUAAGUCCAGCAGACUGGUGGAUAUGCCAGAAAGUAUCCUGUUCCCGCGACCGGGCGACGACGAUUACAAGGGGAGCGAUGGGGAGGCGGCCGCCGAGCUGGUGCCGUACAAGAGCCCGCGGGCUAAAAAGGCCAGCCGGGCGGCAGAGAUGGCCGCAGCCGGCAUUGGCAGCCCGAUGAACGUGGGCAAGCGGUCCACCCCGCGGUCUGCCAGCGGGUGGCAGGCGCCAUCCUACCAGAAGCGCAACUUUUCGUUGCCUGUAGCUCUCAUUCCCACAAUGCCCCGGCUUGAGCUGCAGAGCUACGAGUUUUCGUGCAUCGAGCGCCUCGAGCGCAAGUGGGCGGAUGUCAAAACGGAAUCAACGCGAAUGCUCAGCUCGGCAAUCUACAAGUAUUAUUUUAGCCAUGGUGAGUGGAGUGAGUUCGAACAGGUGUUUCCCAACAAGGUGCUCGAGGUCUGGGAGGAUUUCUGCAGCAAGUUGUCUGCGGCUGAGCUGUCGCAUAUUAACACCGUGCUGGUCUCGCAGAAUCCGUUUUCGGCCGGGGAGAACACAACACAGGAGAAGCACAUACCGCUACUUGCCCGCACUAUUCCUCUGUCGCAGGCCGUGCGCACUAUGGUGUACGCAGAGGAUAUGCGCUCCCGUGAGAGCUAUAGCUCGCAGGGCAGCAGUGGGCCGGAGAUUGACCAAGAGUUUGCCGAUUGGCUUGUUUCGCGCUUCAACUCGACAAAGGCCAGUGUGGUGUCGCCGUCACCGUCGGUCUUGGCAUUUGACGAAACUAGGGCGCAGCGGGUGUCGAUGAUGCUCGACAUGUCGGCACCAUCGCUGGUUUUGACGGGUGGGAGCGACAAGGUCCCCCCGGUUCCUGCGUUGCCCCCCGUCCGGCCAGCCCCGAUUGUUUACGCCGCCGCCGCAGAGCCUACGACAUUCUCCACCAUUGUAGAGGUUUCCGAAGAUGUUGAGUGUUCCGCAGCGCCGAUUUCAAACAAGCUGAAGGCAGACUCGACGGCUGUGGAUUCUGGCACGGAGGCUCGGCCAAAGUCAUCCAGGGAGCGCACCAAAAAGCCCAAUAAGAAGACUGAGUCAAUGCAUGAUAGUAAGGCGUCAUUGGUCAUUGAGAAGCCGCGGCGCAAGAAGACAAUAGACAGCGGCGACAAGUCAGACAUUAAGGACCCCUUGGGUAAGCGCGAAUCAAAACACAAAUCAAAACGCGAGUCCAGGCGCGAGCCCAAGAUUGAGCCAUUGCACGAGCCCAAGUCUGAGUCAUCGCACAAGCAAAAAACCGAGUCAUCGCACGGGCACAAGCGGGAGUCUAAGCGGGACCCUAAGAGGGCGUCUAAGCGCGAGUCAAGGCGUGAGCCCGUGGCCGAUUAUAAGACCGAUUCGGAGGAGCCGGUGCCGACGAUUAGCUGGAACCCGAGCAUGAGCUUCCCCGCCAUGGAGCAGCCUUCCCGGCGCCCAUCGACGAGCAUUCCGUCGAGCAGCAAGCCGUUAACCACGAGCGAGUCAAACCCUUGCCUGCGUCCAACCACAGCAUCGCGAAACUCCGAGGCUGCCGACGGUACAGCCACGACGCGGCCGCGGUCAGACUCAAGGUUGCGCAGACACACACAUAACUUUUUCAUGUCCGAGUCGAACGAGUUUGUCGUACCCACGGAGUCCCUGCGGUUGAGCCGGCAGAUAACACGCGAGAUUCAGAUGAAGGACCUACCGCCGCUGCCGCCCAACGCGGCAGAGAUUGGCGAGAUGUCUAAGCUGACCGGGUCUAACUACAAGGCGGGGCGGAACACGGCGCCCUCGACAAAGUCUGGGAUUAUUGCGCACUUCAGCUCGCAUGUCGAUUUGGUGCGGCGCAAGGACGCGUCGAUGGACAAGCCGCGGUCAUCGUCCAUGGCGAUUGACAGCCUAGAGAAGGCGCGGCCCAUGACCGCAGUGCCCAAGACAGAGGAGUCCAGGACGUCCAAGGGUUGCUCGGAGGAGUACUCGCUGUCGGCUAACUACGACCUACGCGCAAUCCCGGCCGAGGGCAACGGCCCCAGCUGGGGGUUCCGCAUUUCGUCGCUGGUGUAUCUUGAGCCGAUGGAGCGCGCAAAGAUGGACACGUCUUCGCAUGUCGUGCACGCGCAUAUUGAGACUAUGAACCGCCGCAAGCUGCCCGACCCCCAGAAGGAUACACCGCCGAUUAUGCCGCCGAUGCCGGCUAUGCCAGCUGAGUCCAUGCCACAGCCACUCUUGUCGGCCUCCAAGUCCCUGCGCGGGACUCGACGCAAAUCCGUGAGCAAGGCUGACCAGCCCCCGUCUGGAUCUGGAUCUAAUAGUAGCGGCACUAGCACUAGCACCAGCAAUGGUAGCAGACCUCAAGCUGGGCUUGGUUUAGGCCUCAGCAGUACCACUAGCACCACUGACAGCAACAAGGCGGUUGAUCCGGGGGUGCGCGGCGCCUUGUACGAGUUGGCAUACUUGAGCACGCAGAGCAAGAAGGUGUGGUCAGCGAAAGACACAAUUUUCGGCAAAAUGUUGAAGGCUGGAUUGGAAGUGACUCGGAUUGCUGAGCAGGACUUUUACGACUUUUGUGUGGAUGAGUUGCUCAAAGGCAGCAACGAUGCAUUCCAUGAUUUGCAGGCUAUGGGGAAUAAGGAGGUGGCGCAACAGUUGUUUGAGUCGUUUAAUGCAAGGUUGACUGUUUUGCUAUCUGGUUCUGAUAUGGAAUAAAUAUGGAAUAAAUAUUUUUCUUCACCUAGUAUUAUGCAAUGCCCACCAAAAAAAC